AAUUAAGAGGUACAUAUGUAUAAUCUAUCCAUAAAUAACUAUGUAAACUUGUGUAAACUCUUUAUUCGUUUCUAUACCUAUAUCAUAAAGUUCCUUAAAUUUAGGGUGGUGUAUUUUUUUGGAGUCCGUAUUCAUGAUUUUUAUUUAGAUUAUUAUGAGAUGUUCCACCAAUGAUUAUACCACGUUACCAGGAUUAUAUACAGUUUUCCGCAGUGUGUGAUUUAUUUUUUGUGCAAACGUUUUGUUUGAUUCAGUAAAAGUCAUUACGUAUUUAAUAAUUACUCCGUAGUAAACAAAAAUGUAUGAUAUAAAUAUUAAUGAAAUAAAAAUGUUAACAUUAUAAUUCUUAUUACAAUGAAUUAAAAAUAAUAUUUAAAAAUAAAUUUAUAAUAAUAAAUUGGUUUAAAGAAAAGAUCUAGUUUGUGAAUCCAUCAGAUCACAAUGGCAGAUUUUGAUGCAAUUUAUGAAGAAGAAGAAGAAGAAGAAAAUGAACAAAAUUCCGAGGAUCACUAUGUAACUAUUGUUCCCGACCCUAUUGUAGUACGUGGUGCUGGUAAUAUGACAGUGUUUGGACUGAGUAAUCGUUUCGAAGCAGAAUUUCCGAAUGGAUUAGUAUCAAGGGUUGCUCCAGAAGAAUUUAAAGCCACAGUUAUGCGAGUUAAUAGUGUGCUAAAAAAAACAUUGCCUGUUAAUGUUAAAUGGCUCUUUUGUGGUUGCGUAUGCUGUUGUUGUACUCUGGGAUGUUCAUUGUGGCCAGUUAUUUGUCUUAGUAAAAGAACACAGCACUCCCUAAAUAAAUUAUUGGAAUGGGAAAAUGGUCGAUUAUAUCAUAAACUUGGAUUACACUGGAGACUAACUAAGCAAAGAUGUGAUAGUUCUUCAAUGAUGGAAUACGUUCUACUUAUUGAAUUUAUACCUAAAAUACCAAUUUACAAACCAGAUUGAAAAGGUAAAAAUGAGAGUAGAGCACUCUUAACUCUUCGGGCUUGAGGCGUGCCAUAAAAACGUGAUAAUUUGUAAAAAAAAAAAAAAAAAAAAAAAAAAAAAAAAAUAUGAACUAACUUGAAAUUUUAUAAAAUCAAGAUUAACGCAUGCUUUUACUUACGUUAAUGCUUUUAACGGUAGAUAGUUACAUCGCGAUGAUAUAUUUUUGUAAAAAUAAGUUAUGAUGGUGCUACAGUGCCAAUGAAAAGAAAAGUAAUUCAAAUAUUUAGAAAAAAAAAGCUAAAUAAUUAUAAUAAAUAUUUAUCAAAUGAUAAAAAUAUCAAUUUAAAAUUAUGGAAAAACUUAAAUAUUAAGUUAUGUGUGUUUAUGUUUUCUUCAUGAUAAAUUUUUAUACGUCACGAAAAUAAUUUUAGUAAAUAUAAACUAAAGAAUCAAGUAAAAAUAAAUUCAAUAUAAUUUUUUUUUUUUUACGAUAAAAUAAUAUCAUCAAUGAUUAAACAUUAUCUGUAGUUAUUAUUAAUAUAAUAAUUAUUGACACAAGAAUAUCAUCAGCUAAAUGUGUAAAUCGAUUAAUUUGGUCAUAAUUUUACAUAGUUUUAUUAUUAGGAUAGAAUGACAAAAUUUUUUAAAAUAUUUGUGACUAUCAUAAAAAAUGUUGGUUUCAAGAAUUUUUAACCUUUCAAGUCCGUCCAAUAUUAAUAAUGACGUUUUCAACGAAUAGUAGUCGAAGUAUUUAGUUUUGAUUUAUAUUUUGUUUAAAUCUCUCGGGCUUGAAUGGUUAUUGCAAUUGUAUGAAGUGCCCAAGAAAUGAAUAGAAAAUAUUGAAUACCAUCGUAAUUAUAUUUACUAUCUCUAUCAUGGGCUGGAACUGUACUAGUGAUAUAAAUUUUGAAUUUAAUCGGCUACGGCCAUCAAUUGUGUACAUAGUGUGAGAAUUGUUAACUUACUGCUAUCAGUAAUAGUACCAGUAAUUUUAACGUCGAAACUUUUUUUUGUAUAAAAUAUUUGCGGGCAGCCUAAUUAAACUGUUUAGUUUUUUUCAUUUAUAUAAUGAAAAUUUAGAAAUAUUUUCUGGUGUACAUUUUCGUAUUACUUUUAAAUAUUGGCAAAAUUUUAAAUAUAUUUUGCUGUUUAUUUCCAUAUUUUGAUAAGAUAAAGACUAUAUUUGGAAUUCCAUUAUCAACUGCCUCUCAAAUAGCGAAAAAUAUAAAUUGUUUUUUUGUUUUAAAUAUGUUAAAACAAAGUCGUAAAAACUGUCCGUACUGUUAUUGAAUAUUUUUAAGAUAAUAUUAAAGGAAAAAGAAAAAAAAAAUUUUUACAAUUUUAAUGGUUUAAUUUUGUUUAUUGUCUUUGUAUAGUUUUAAGCAAAUGAAUAAUAAACAACAUAUAUAAUUUUAA